CGGAGGCUGGCGCCAAGUGCAGCGAGGUGCGCGAACGGCUCAGACGUACUUGCCUGACUAUAUAAGUGGCCGGGUCCGCGCCGCGUGUCCAUUGCCAGUGACCAGUGCAGUGAAUCGCUAUGAAUUCGCUGGUGUUCCUGGUGUUCCUCGCGGUCGCCGCCGCGUCGGUGGCGCUAGUGUCGUCCGCCCCGCAGAGGGCGCUGCCCCCGCGAGGCCCCCCCGGGCAGCAGCCGCAGGGCCAGCAGAUCCCCAUCAUCUCGCAGACCUCCGAGAUCAACCCCGACGGCUCGUACAAGUGGAGCUACGAGACGGGCAACCAGAUCAAGGCCAAUGAGGAGGGCGCCGUGAAGAACCUCGGCAACCCGGAGGCGGAGGCCAUGUCCGCGCAGGGCGGCUUCUCGUACACGGCGGACGACGGCACCCCCAUCCAAGUCCAGUACAUCGCCGACGAGAACGGCUUCCAGCCCCAGGGCGCGCACCUGCCCACGCCGCCGCCCAUCCCCGAGGCCAUCCUCAAGUCCAUCGAGUACAACAAGGCCCACCCCGAGGAGGACGAGAGCCAGGGAGGGGGCCAGGCCGCCCCUGCACGCAAGGGCUAGUGCGGAGCGUUUACGUUAAACUUUGUGUUAAUAUUCUUUUUUUUUGGACGAAAAUUACUUAAAUUGCUUAAAUUUGU